CAAGAGGAGGGACUAACAGCACCGAAGGCAGCAGAGCAAUGCGGUAUACCCCGCAGCAGUGCUUACAAACUGCUAGAUGGGUUUAACGCUGGAGACGGUUCUGUACUUCCUGGCAAUAUUCCUAAGGCACUUAAGCAAGGACCAAAAAAACAGUUUCCACAACAUUCAGCCUUCUUGAUUGAGUUACUUGGUAACAACCCUUCAAUUGUUCUUGCGGAGGCAAAAUUAAAGUUGUGUGAGCAUUUUAAU